ACGCAGUCACAUAGUGUAGGUCACACCACAGAGAGAGGUCAGCUGUACAGUAGUAGAACUAGGAACACAACAGUAGUACUGUAUUAGAAUUCAGGCUGAGAGAAACAGGCACAGAAACAUCCCAAAAAAAGCAAAGGAACCAAUGAGAGACGGAGGAAAUAAAAGAAGACAAGUCCUCCGGUAGGUUUCUCUCAGACACCAUAACCAGGUGAGGAGUGAAGCCGGGUUGCCAGAUUGUGAAGAGGUAUCCCUCCUCCCUGUACAGCAUCUCUCCACGUCUCCCACUGGUCUCUCCUGGUGUAGCUGGAUCCUAUAGCCCACCAACAUGGCAGCCCUGAAGGAGAAGAGGACGUGUGGCCAGCGGUGUGAGGACUUCGGUCGCUUCGUGUGGAACUCAGACACUGGCGCCGUGUUCGGAAGAACACCUGAGAAAUGGGUGUACAUCAGUCUGUACUAUGUAGCGUUCUAUGUGAUAAUGACUGGCCUGUUCUGUCUGGCCAUCUGGACUCUGAUGUACACCCUGGACCCCUACACUCCAGACUACCAGGACCGCUUAACAUCACCAGGGGUGAUGGUCUGGCCACCUACAUAUAUUGAGGAGGACGUAAUACUCAGCUACAACUUGUCUGAUAAAACCAGCCAGAGGAAGAUGUCCAACUGCCUCAGCAACUUCCUCAAACCCUACAAUGACACGUCUCAACAGUCUAACCAUAACUGCACCAGGGGAGAGUACUUUAAACAGGAGAAGUUUGAGGCUCCACACCAUACCAAGUACUCCUGCCGCUUCACCCAGAGCAUGCUGGGACGCUGCUCCGGCCUGGACGACCCGACGUUCGGCUACAACGGCACCACGCCCUGCGUCAUCAUCAAGAUGAACAGGAUCAUCAACUUCCUGCCCAACAACGGGACUGGCAUGGCUCCUCAUUUGAACUGCACUAUACUGAGUGGCCAUGAGAACAUAGACAUGAUGGAGUACUUCCCCACCAACGGAACCUUCGACCUGUCCUACUUCCCAUACUACGGCAAGCUGGCUCAGCCCACCUACGUUAACCCUCUAGUGGCUGUGAAGUUCCACCUGGUCAAAGAGAGGGAGGCUAAGAUCCAAUGCCGUGUGGUGGCCCACAACAUCGCCUAUCAAGACUCAUACGAACCAUACCAGGGGAAGGUGGUCUUCCUGCUCAAGGCUCUGAAAUAAUACAUUUUAGUAGACAAGCCGGCUAACCAACCAUCUAGGUCCUAACCAUGGUCAGAGCCAUAGAGCUGGAUAGUGUUCCUCAUCUUUGCAAUUAUGACUUUUGUGACAGAAUGGAAAGUGCAGUUGAGGGCUUUCUCAAUUUUAAAGUAGUCUGUGGGAAGAUAUCUUCACAAGUAUGUCCUGAACCCAUCGACGUUCCCACCCAGUUUUAUCCAUCUAUCCUCGUCUAUGAUCCCAACCAAGGCAAUCUGGUAACCCAUGGAAAAUGAGUCUCACACUAGCUCAUCAACAACCACCUAAUAACCAGCGUUUGGACAGACCAGCUGUCUUCAGGGUAUGAUGGUAAUUCAGUUAUCGCAUCCGAGGUCCUACUCUGCCAGCACCUCACCUGAACAGAUGUGUGUUUCUUUUAAAUCUGGAAAUUCAACCAUCUCUGUCCAGACAGUGGUCGUUCUGCUUCAUUUGACCUCUCUCUUUUAUAUAGCUUCUAGGAAGGAUAUUUAACAUGUAGUUAAUGGAGUGCUGCUUGUACAACCAAUACGUUACCUAUGCAUUGUAUCAUAAUGAAACCAGAAAUAUUAAACAUGUAUUCAAAUCCAUAAAGACAACAAGUUCAAACACA